CCAUCUAUUCAUAGCUAUAGCAGGUGUCCGGAAGUAAAACUGAAACACUGAGCAGGCGCAGAAGGAAACAUAGCAACGUCAAGAAAGCAAGUCAAAAUGUCUGAAGUAGAAGAGUGUCUCAAGAGGAUCCAGGUCCAUCGUGGGGUGACUGGAGUUAUUGUUGUAAAUUCGGAUGGAAUUCCAAUCAAGACCACUCUGGACAAUUCAACAACAGUGCAAUGUGCUGGGCUAAUUCAUCAGCUGACGUCAAAAGCUAAGGCUACAGUGCGAGAUAUUGAUCCACAAAAUGACCUCACAUUCCUGCGAAUCCGAUCGAAAAAAAAUGAAAUCAUGGUAGCCCCAGAAAAGGAUUACAUGCUGAUCGUUAUCCAGAAUCCAAUGGAAUCAUAAACAGCAUGCGAUAUAGGACAACAUGACAGACAUUUUGUAAAUAAACUGCUUUGAGAUUGUGGUCCACAAGGGAUGAAGGCUUUUGUAGGUGGACCGUGGUGAUUGGAAUCUAAGGUGUUUUAGAGGAAACACGUGACUAUUCUUGCAGUCUUGGUAAUGGUAUUCAGCUUAGAGAAAUCCUGUCACCUGUAGUCAUCUUUAACUGGGCGAAAUAGGGGGCCUCUGUUGUAUCUGCAAAACCAUUAGCAGUCAUUUCAGAAAUUCUGCAUGAAUAAAAUCUUUCUCAAGAGCAGUUAUCAUCUGUAAUAUAUUGUAUAAUGUUAUUUUUUAUGUAAAGUACUUGUGGGAUUCACUUUGGGCGGGUGGGAAAUGUAUGGUGUUUUCAUUUAUGUAUUGUUGUAGUUGGGUUUGGUUUCGUUAAAAUCUCGUACUUAAUUUAAUUUAAUCUUUAAAUAAAAUUGGGUUGAUGGAA